AUAAAAAUUUUUUACAUGGGGCCUAGUAUUAGUUCCAGAAGCAAAAUGUGUUUCACAGCUCUGGGAACUGUUAACACAGCCACUGUCCUCUGUCAGUGUUACUGGUUACUGAAAGUAGAAGUGUUGACAAAACGUGAAAUGCAGCUCCAUAUUUUUUCCUGCAAACAUCAAGCGAUGGGACCAAGGAAUUAUAUUUAUCUCUCAGCUGAUAGCGUUUCACUUUAUUCUUUCCAGAGCACUCCUCCCUGGCUGCAUGGCAAGGCCCGUGGCAGAGCAGGUUCCCACAAGAUGAGCUCCCUGACUGGCACCUCUCACCUCCAGCUGGCUUCCUUUGUACUAGGGAUGAUAGGAUGGAUUCUGUGCACCAUUUCCAUGGGACUUGUGGAUUGGAGAGUGUGGCAUGUGGACAACACCACCAUCAUCUCCUCUGGCAUCGCCUGGGUGGGGAUUUGGAAAGUCUGCUUCAUCAGUUAUAUUCAUGUCUCUCCUGGUUAUGAAGAGCAGUUCUGCCAUAAAUUCAGUGGUUAUGACUCCUCCAUCCCUGGUGAAAUCUAUGCUGCUCAGGGUCUCCUGGUGAUCGCCAUGGUCACGGGAUUGCUGGCACUGACUGCCACAAUAUAUGCUCUGAGAAACAUUUAUAUGGGAAUCAGUCGUAAAACACCCAUUACCCGUUUCUUCCUGGUGGGUGGCUUCUUCUACAUAUUUGCCGGCCUGUGUGUCCUGAUUCCAGUGAGCCAUAACUUCUAUUCUGUAACUCAUAACCAGACCAUCGCCUUCCCUCCCUCCUACCUCAUGCCCUCCAGUCCCGUGGCACAAGAAGCUGGUGCUGCCAUUCCCAUUGGGAUUAUAGCUGCCAUCCUGCUGCUGCUGAGCGGGAGCUUUUCUCUCUCCUACAGAUUUCCUGUAACCACAAGCACAUGAAAUCCUGAUGGGAUGGAUCACUCCAUAGACGUUCUGAGUAUGGUCAGAAUGCAAGGAUGGCAGCACGAGUGGUUCUUCAGACAAGAAACUACAGCACCUUAGUCUACAAUAGCCAACAUAUGUUGUUAUAUGACUGGACUAUCAUCCUGAUUGCCAUGUGUGACCAGAAGUUUGUCCUUGAGAUCUUUGCUGUUGAGCCACAAUGGUAUUUAUUAAGCUUUAUCAGUUGUCCUCCUCAUAUCUAUAUAUACAAACUCUAUUGAUUAACUUAUUUUUUUGUGCCAGAUGUUUACUGUGUUCGAAGAGCUGCCUCUGAUUUAUUGUUGUGUUAGGGAUACAUGGAAUGUCAUGUGAAAUGUGAACUUGUUUCCUUGUUUCCUACUAAACUUAUUGUCUGUUAUUAAACAGUAUUUGUAGCAAAGUGUAUUUUGUGGCAAGUGGAGACUUUUGAUACAAACAAUAGAAGUGCCAUCCUGAUUGUGUCAAA